UUUUUGUGAAUAGGUUCUUCUAAAUAUUACACACUGUGGCUUUAAGUUUAAACGAUUUUCUCCUUUAUUCGUCCCACAACAGGCACGUUUGGGUGUUAGCAGCAGCAAAGUGCAGAAAUGAUAUAUUCAUGUAUAUUAAAAAAACAUCCCCAAAUAUAAAUUGAAAUAGAGAUAUAAGAAGAAUGAAAUAUUGCACAACUGAAAUUAAAAUGAAUUGAGAAUUAAAAGUGUUCCAGUGAAUUAUGACAGUUACAUGUGAGUGACAUCUUAACCAUCACACAGGCUGCAGAGCAUCAAGCCUCCAUCAAACAUGUGAAUCAUAAAGACAUUUUCUAUAUUCUCUGAUCCAUUAUUUGGGGUUCGUUUGGAGGGGAGUGGGUGUGUGGGCUCACCCGGCUCCCUCCACCCGGAUAGCGGCCAUAUACAGCCGGCAGAGCAGCUCCCUCCUCGCCGGAGGAACCUUUUAUGGAGAGCAGUCAGACCGGAAACUCCGAAUGAUGGAGCUGAUGUUUGUCUUCUUCACAGGAGGCGAGAGCAGCACGUGACUGACAUUAAAGUGAAAUCACAACAUUCCGAUUUGACUCAAACGCCAACAUGUCACGACGAGCUCCGUGAACCAGAACUAUAUCUGGAGUUCCCUCUUGUUGUUGUUGUUGUUGUUUUUUAAGCCAAGUCCAUAUUUGGUAAAUGACGUACAGCGGGACAGCGAGACACCCCCUCCAUAACCGUGGAGCAGCCUCCAGGAGCCGGUGGCACCGAGAGGAGAAGGUGGACCGGAGGAGAUGAGGGAGGACGGUCCUCAGCAUCCUCAUCUUCAACUUCUCCUCCGGACUGAGACACGAUGAUGAUGAUGAUGAUGAUGAUGAGUUCAGCUCAGGUAGUGGAUGAGGUGUUGACAGGUGAGGGGGGGCUGUGCUCACACACCCCCGUGGUUUUUAAAGAAGAGUCCGUGUGGGAGGACGAGCGUGAAGGGAAACCCCGUGAGGACGGAGGCGGUGAACUGCUGCCGGACGUGAAGUGCGCACCGGAGCUGCCUCUCCACGGCGACUCGGCGCAGCACUACGCGGCAACUUUACGCACGUUCACCGGCAAGUUCUCGGCGGAGUCCGGCGGCGCGGGAGGACCGUGGACCCACAGAGACGUCGUCCACGUGCUCGGCGCGGACAUCGUCACCCCGGGCCCGGCCACUGUGCCCGGGUCGUCUCCGGCAUCCCCCGGUAUUUACGCAGGCGGAGGAGGAGGAGGAGGAGACGCGGGGGACGGUGCCAUGGCGCACGGUCAGCCGGACAUCAGCCACAUGUACGCACCCCCUCACCAUCACCCCCACCCGCACCCCCACCCCCACGCGGCUCCCUCCUACUCCUGCAGCGGGGACAUGUACCAGGACCAGUCGGCAGGCGGCUACCUGGCGACGUCCACCUGCGCCGUGUCCUACCACCCGCCGCCGUCCUACAACUCUGCGCCCAAACCGCCGGUCGACGGCGCCGCGCUGCUCUCCAUCAUGCCCGAGUACGGAGGCUUCUACCCGCAGAGCUGCCAGAGGGACCUGCAGGCGGCCUUCCCGGAGAGGAAGUCCCUGCCGUACCCGCUGGACUCCCUCAGGAUGCCUCCGCCGCUCACGCCGCUCAACACCAUCAGGAACUUUACGCUCGGCGCGCCCUCGUCGGCCUCCGACGGUGCGAUGGCCGCCGCCUUCCCCGGCCACCAGAACCUCCCCCUCAGGCCGAUCGCGAGGCCCAGGAAGUACCCGAACCGGCCGAGCAAGACGCCCGUGCACCAGCGGCCGUACCCGUGCCCGGCGGAGAGCUGCGACCGCAGGUUCUCGCGCUCGGACGAGCUGAGCCGCCACCUGCGCAUCCACACGGGCCACAAGCCCUUCCAGUGCCGCAUCUGCAUGCGCAACUUCAGCCGCAGCGACCACCUCACCACGCACAUCCGCACGCACACCGGGGAGAAGCCCUUCUCCUGCGACCAGUGCGGCAGGAAGUUCGCGCGCAGCGACGAGCGGCGGCGGCACAUGAAGAUCCACCUGCGGCAGAAGGAGAAGAAGUGCGCGGCGUCCCGACCCUGAGCGCCCCGCUGCCGGGUGUGACGCCGCAGACAGGUGGGAGGAAGUCCUCUGGAAGGAAGCCAUGUCCUCCACAGCACCAGGGAGAACCGGAGUCCGUGACCACUGCGUUGUUCAUCAGAUUGUCCCUCGUGGUUGUGUGACGUCAGCAGGGAGUUGGGUUCGAAGGUCUGACUCGUGCUGGUGCUUCAGCUCUCAGGGAUUCGAUCACAACUCAGGCUGCCAAGUUUCACUGGAAAACGGAAAUAAUGACACGAGAUGUUUCUCUCUUCGGCAUUUUGGUUUUGCAGGGAAGGAAAUGUAAAUCAGGAUUCGUCCCAUCAAGUUUCCUGUAAAUUCUCAUUCUCUUUACUGUUUAUUGACUCAAGUUAAAGGUUACAUACGGGGUUUUUUUCCAGAUUAAAUAUCACGAAAGAACGUUUCUGUAAAUGUCAUUUUGACUCCGACCACAGGGAGGGAAGAGAGUUUGUUAUCAGUCUGAUGCCAAAGUGACGUCAGAGUGCACCCAAGACAUACUGUGACAUCACAAAUCAGGGCGGGGCUACGGUAUAGAGAGAAACGCCCCUUUCCCCCCACCAAAUUUUGUUCUCGAUCCGGUUCCGUUCAGAAAUCUCUGAACCUUGAUGCUCCUCGGUGUCGCUUUAUGACCGGCGGGCGUCGCACAGUGAACCAUAGAGGUAAAGAUGGUGGAUCGUGCGGAGCAGCUGCGUAAUUUUGUUCCGUUAUUACAGAAUCCAAGAAACACAAGAUUAAACCAACCGGUAAUCAGAAGAAGACGUAAAAAAAAAAAGCCUAUGACGCAUCAUCGCAUCAUCUUCUUGUUGCAACGCUGACGUCGUAACAAUUCCACAGACUGUAGAUAAAGAUGGAAGACAUGGUAGAUCGCCCCCUGUUGUCUGGCUGCAGUAUACGUCUUAAGCCCCGCCCCCUCCAUUUUAGCAGAUGGGACAUGGACCCAAAGUUUGACAAAAAUGUAGACGUAAAAUAUGUGUUUCCAAAGAUGGUUUCUGUUUGUCAGCUCCACUGCACGAUCACGACUGCGAAGACUCUGUUUUAGCUUCAUGUUGCACAACGAGAGGGAAGUGGAGACGUGUUGUCCAUCUUUAUUUACAGUGUAUCACACAAACAUGCAGUUUUUUUUGAGUGCUCAUUCAAGCUGGGGUCUCGAGCUUAUUUAUGAAAAAAAUUGUUCUGAACGGUUCAAAAGUUCAAAACAGAAACGACUGCAUGUUGGAGGAAAAGGGGAGUUAAUGAAAACGUCAUUAGUUGCAGCAAAAUUAUCAUAUUAGCAUUUAAUUUACACGUCUGAAGAAGAGUUGACACCGGUGUUAACAGCAUGAUCAUCAUCAGGUUACAUGUUUGUGAUUUAUCAGAUGGCCCGAUGAUCUGUCUCAUGUUUCUUUAAUUUUUGGAAGGUUUUUUUUAUUCGUUUUUAACCGUUGAUACUGAAAUAUUUGACCUGCAUUUCUACCUGAAGAGCGAGAGAGAAAUUAACGUUCUGAUUUCGUGUUUUGUAACUUUUAUGCAAACGAGUCGAGCACAAAGUUUUUCUUCUUGUCGAUUAAAUUAAAAUUUGUUCUGCAGCAGUUUCCUGUUUCCAAACUCUACAUGAAGUGGUUUGAAUCUCUCCGGAGCUUUCGAUCAGAUCACAUGAUCUUCCACAGCAGAGCAACUGACGAUGUUCUUUAAGCUGUGGAACUCCGUCUGCUGAUGAACGUCACGGGAAAUGAUCAAGAGCACCAGAAGAGCUGCUAAAUGGACCAUGAGGUCGAGUUUUGUCAUGAAUUAAUUUCUGUAUGAAGGAACUUGAUGUUUCCAGCUGCUGUACGGUCACAGACCAGGCUGAGAUAAGAGGUGAAUUUAAAUAUUUAAUAUGUACAUUAUAUGAGCCAUGAGACUGUGGAGGUUGGAGUGACGAUGAUUCUCCACUUUCAUUUUUCCAUCAUGAGAUUUUUUGUGGCGAAUGAAUCAGACGCGUCUUAAUCAAAAAUAAACAGCACGUUUUAUAUGAACAGAGAGAGAAAUCUUCAUCGCAGGCAGAAAAAACAUCAGUACAGUUUCAGAAUCUGAAGAUCAGACUACAGGACCUGUGUAAUCUGAUCUCCCUCAGUCAACUCAGCAGGUUCCUCUUUCAAUCUCUAAUCUCUGAAUCAUCUCUCGUAUAUGACUUUACAUUUAAGUGCUGCAGUUUGUUUUUUAAACUUUAUCAAUAAACAAAAGAAAACUUUCAUAAAUCUCACAUUUAAUGAUUCUCAUCCUCAAACAGUGAAAACUUCUCGUUUCUAAAUGUGGGACAAAACCCAACAGUCUCUUGAAGAAUCAGUCAGUUCCACAAAUCACAAACAGUCCUGAGGAUCCAACUCCAGAGUCGGAAUCACCACAAGCGUGAGAAAAGAUGAUUUUCAGUCGUCAAAACAAAAAACAAAAGAAACAUUCUUCUUCAUCUGAGAAACACACACACAAACAAACAAACAAAACCUGAAGCAGGAAGACGAUUCGAACACGUGGACGCCGUCCGUCCCUCCGUUGUCCCCGGGGGCAACUCAGCUUCAGGGCCAAAACAGAAGAUUAAUGCCGCGUUCAGGUGCAGUCAGACGUCUGGAUUCACCAGCAGAGUGGAUUAUUAUAAAACCCCAUAAGUCAGUUGUUUUAAAACAUCAUGCUUCCUUUUUUUACACUGAAGGUCGUUCACCACGGAACACUGGUAUGCAGAGUAACUAAAGGUCAAAGGUCAGCAGAAAUAUCCCCCCCCCCCUUACAAAUUUCUUAUUUCAAAGAA